CCAGUAACGCGCUAGGGCUAGGCAAUUAUAAUUUAGGCACGUCGUCUUGUUUUAAGCUCUCGCUCACACACUCACUCUGUGGUUCUCUCUCUCUCUCGGACCUCGCCGACCGCUGUAACACAGUAUCACCGUCAGCCGCAGUACGUCGCCGUUGUCGCAUCCGCAACGUUCGCCACGCGCCGAUCCGUCUCACCUCACGACUUCACGAGUCAGAGAGUGUGUCUAGCUCGGUCGUAUAAUAGCUUUGCGCAGGCGCUCGGUCACGCCACUUUUUAGUAGUGCCCCCCUCAAUCCUCGUUCCUCAUCUGCGGACUGCGGACAGUGUUCAGUGUUCAGUCGUUCGUCUUCCGAGUGUGUUGUGCGGACGUAGGAUAGAAUAUAGUGGUUAUUUUUUUUUUUAUCAUUUAUUGUUCUUAUUGUUUCGCUAUAGUUUCGGUGAUUAAAAAAGAACACAUUAUUAAUUUGUUUUACGCGUGCAUAGAACUUAUUUUUCGUCUUACCUUGCGCACCUGUUGACAAUGCAUUUGUAUUUCUGUUGCCGUCUGAAAUCCGCCGACGUCAAUCUCAUUUCGCGUGUGCUACAGCUCAAGGGCUGAAUAAUAAUAUUAUUACUGUUAUCGUAACGCACUUGCCUUAACGGUGUACUUUGGUCUGGUUCCGACGCCGCUCCGUUUACCCCUGCUUUACUCCUACUCCUACACCAGCUUGUUCCUUUUCCCGUUCGGCAUUCUAUACAUUUGCACACGUAGCGCCGCUCGCUACACAGAUUAGCAAACGUUGCGUAAGGGUUCACGGACGAAUCCGCAGACAUCCGGUAGCCAAUAGCAUUCGUUCACGCUUCAAUACACCGGUGGUCAAAGUGGACGCGACAAAUUUCUUCUGCACCAUCACACUGGCCAGCAAAGUGGACUACGUCGUUCGUAGAAGAUCCAUUGGUGGCAUGAGGCCAGAUCUGCAGAAGCUCAUCUAUCACACGUCCUCAGAUCACUUUUCAGAGCUAGACGCUAUCGCCGUGCUCUAGUCUCACACACCGCUAGCAGUAUAGAAUAGUUAUAAUUGGUGUGAGCGUGCAAGUCCUGUUUUUGGUGUGUCCGUGACAACUCCAACAUCAUGGCACCAACUAUCAUGAUGCGGCCCAUUAAAAAGGACUGGCAACGUCAGUCACAGUCCGAAUCUGAAGAUGACGACAUGGUUGGAAAGAAAGAUUUGUUACCGCUAGUAAUGUCCCAAGUCGGCCAACAUUUUGUGCCUUUGGUUAUAACAAUGGUAGGUUUGCCAGCACGUGGCAAAACCAUUCUUGCCUAUAAGAUUCAACAAUAUCUCAACUGGACAAAUCAUAAGGCUAAAGUGUUUUCUGUAAGCUCAUACAGACGUAAACACAUCGAGUUGUAUAGUAGCCAUGACCUCUUUCGUAAGGAAAACAGUGAAGCGGCUGAAAUUCGUCAAUUAAGUGCUCAAGAAGCACAAGAUGACGCCACCAAAUGGUUACAAGAUGGAGGAGAUGUAGCUAUUUUGGAUGGCACUCAUAUAACACAAGCUCGUCGUCAAACAGUAUACGAUCAUUUUGCUAAAGUCAUGGGGUAUAAGGUAUUAUUUAUUGAGUGUGUUUGUGAUGAUGAAAUGCUUAUUGAACUCAAUGUCAAAGAAGUAAUGCAAUUCAGUAAGGACUAUAGAAAUAUGUCCAGUGAGAAAGCUCUUGAUGAUUUUCAUCACAAAAUUGAACAUUACAUGGAACAACAUGAACCAAUGAAACCAAAAUCAGAUGGUUAUAGCUACAUAAAAUAUUUAAAUGCAGGAGAAUCACUAACUGUUUGUCGUUUGAAUUCUCCUAUGCAAAGUGAGGUGCUAGCCUUUGUUUCGAAUUUCAAACCAUUAGCAAAAACAUUUUAUUUUUCAAGACAUGGAGAAAGUGAAAACAAUGUUUUGGGUCGUAUUGGAGGAGAUGCAGAAUUGUCGGUCCGUGGUCGCACGUAUGCCGCAGCAUUGGCACGCUAUUUUAAUAACGAGAAUCGUUUAGAAGGACUACGCGUGUGGACAAGUGAAUUGAAACGCACCCACCAGACAGCUCAAGGUAUUAAAGCACCAAUAGAACCAGUGCCCUUUUUGAAUGAGUUAUACGCUGGUGUAUGCGAAGGACUGAGUUAUGAAGAGAUGCAAUGCAAAUUUCCACAAGAGUUUGCUUGGCGUGAUCAAGAUAAGUUACAGUAUCGCUAUCCAUGGGGUGAGUCUUACAUAGAUAUUAUGACACGAUUGAAACCAGUGUUGUUGGAACUUGAGGGAGAUAUGGAUAAUCUGUUGAUAAUCAGUCACCAAGCUGUUCUAAGAUGCUUACUUGGAUAUUUCUUAAAUAAAAAACACGAAGAAUUACCGUACAUUAAUGUACCUUUGCACACCAUCAUCAAGUUGACUUUAAGCGGAUACAAAUGUAAAAUGGAAGUAAUAAAGCUGAACAUAGAAUGUGUGGACACGUACCGCAUGCAACCAAAAAACUGCUCUGUCAAUCGUUCAACUGAUGAUGCCUUACUGACAGUGCCAGCUCAUUUUGAGAAUUUAUCUUUGUGGAAUCAUGCGCCAAUCGUUCAGCUUUGAACACAAUCCAAACAUAAUAUACAAUUAGAUAUAUUUGUGUUUGUAAUACUUUGAAUGUUUACAUAGACUUUAAUUAAUUUACAAUAUCCCAAUAAUCUUAGAUCUUUAAAUUUUAUAACGCCAUGGCAUUUAAAAUGGUUUGAUAUUAUAGAAGACGUAAUGUUUAAUUUCUGGUAUAGAGUUUUCAAAUUAACUUUAAACUAUGAUAAGAAAAUUCUAAGUGAAUAUUAAUAAUUUGAUUAUUUUUGACAUUUACGGACCAUGUUAGGAGAUGAUAAAUAUUAGAGAUAUUUUAAUAAUUUUUAAAUAUAGAUUUGGAAGAAUACAAACUAGAUACUAUUUAUUAGGGAUUAAGUGUUAUAAAUUAUAACUUAAUUUAUAAGUACAUGAAAAGUUAUGGAUUUCUAUAGUUUGUUUAUUACAUUCAUAUAGUAUAUUGUUAUAACAUAUAUUUAACUUAAAUAAAAUAAAUUCUAUUGUCUCUAGUUCCCAUGCUAGUUUCAUAGUAUUGAAAAUAUUUAAUGUUAAAAAAAAAAAAAAACGAGUGAGCGCAUGUGUUUGAUCUCUUAUACUGUUUAUAACAUUUUAUGAUCGCACAAACACAACAUUAUAGUUCUGCUAAAAUACGAACAAGUUCCUAAGUAGCAGCGACAGGAAAAAUAUUUUUGUCGAUAAAAAAUAUAUGAAAUCCAAUAAUUAUAUUAAUUAUUACUUUUUUUUGUGACAAACUAUUCUAUUCUUCCAUUUUAAUUAUUAGUUUAAAUAUUUUUGUACUGUAGUUAUGUUUGAUUUAUUACAUGUUUUUUACUAUUCAUUGUUGUUAAAAAAAAAAAAAAAUGGUAAUAUUAUUGAAUUUGGAUAUAAGCUGACGUUUUUGUAGCAUACUUUUGUAGCUUAUCGAUACAUCUACAUUUAACGUAAUCUUGUUUUGUCUGGAUUUAAGUGAUUAAAAUAAUAAAUAAAUAUGGUACAAAUUUCCAA